AUGACCACUGAGCAGACCUUCAUUGCUAUCAAGCCUGAUGGCGUUCAGCGUGGCCUGAUCGGCCCCAUCAUCUCCCGCUUCGAGAACCGCGGCUUCAAGCUCGCAGCCAUCAAGCUCGUCACUCCCUCCAAGGAGCACCUUGAGAAGCACUACGAGGACUUGGCCGGCAAGCCCUUCUUCCCCGGUCUAAUUGCCUACAUGGGCUCCGGUCCCGUCUGCGCCAUGGUCUGGGAAGGCCGUGACGCCGUCAAGACCGGCCGUGCUAUCCUUGGUGCAACCAACCCCCUCGCCUCCGCCCCCGGCACCAUCCGCGGCGACUUCGCCCUCGACGUUGGCCGCAACGUUUGCCACGGCUCUGACAGCGUCGAGAACGGCAAGAAGGAAAUCGCUCUCUGGUUCAAGGAGGGUGAGGUACAGAGCUGGAAGAGCGCUCAGCACGACUGGGUUUACGAGAAAUAG